AUGAACUUCGGCGGAGGCAGGCUCCCUGCCGUGUGGAAACGGUUCUCUUCCACCACAACCACCAUCGUCACCAAAGCCAUUCCUUCCAAAACCCAUCUCCAUGUCCCCAUCCCCGAUAGUGCGUUUCCGCAAGGCUACUCUCUUACAGGUCUCCACUGUGGGGUGAAGAAGACGGGUGCCCUCGACCUCAGUGUUAUACUCUCCACCUCUCCUCGUCCCACGAGCACUGCAGCAUGUUUCACCCGCAACGCGUUCAAAGCCGCUCCGGUUCUUGUCUCUCAAGAAGUCUUGCAAAGUACUUUGGGGCGCGCCCGUGCGCUGGUCGUCAAUAGUGGUUGCGCGAACGCUGUGACGGGCAAGCAGGGGAUGGACGACGCAUGGGCGAUGUCAGGUGCGACCGACAAACUCCUCUCUGGCCCCAAACCCCAUAGCGAGACCCUGGUCAUGUCCACUGGUGUUAUUGGCCAAACUCUCCCCAUCGCGAAGAUCCUUGAUGGCGUCCGUGCUGCCGCGACGACGCUUGGCUCGACGUUCGAAGCAUGGGAGCGCGCCGCGCUAGGCUUCAUGACCACGGACACCUUCCCCAAAUUGCGCGCCCGCUCUUUUACCAUUCGCGGAAAGGAGUAUCGCCUGGCUGGCAUGGACAAGGGUGCUGGUAUGAUCCAUCCCAACAUGGGUCCUCCUAGCGGCCAGCUUCACGCGACUCUCCUCGGGGCCAUCUUCACGGACGCGGCCGUCUCCCCUCGAAGUCUUCAAAACGCGCUCACGUAUGCAGUCGACCGCAGCUUCAACUCGAUUAGCGUGGACGGCGAGAUGUCCACGAACGAUACCAUCGUGCUCAUGGCGAACGGCGCAGCAACCUCAGCAAACGAAGCCGAAAUUGACGAGGCGACGGAUCCGGAAGCGUUCGAGAUGUUCAAGCAGGAGCUCACGAUGUUCGCGGCGGAUCUGGCCCAGCUGGUUGUGCGCGACGGUGAGGGUGCGACCAAGUUCGUCACCGUCACGGUGGAUGGUGCGCCCACGUACGAGGACGCGCAUGCUGUUGCCUCGAGGAUCUCUACCUCCGCUCUUGUCAAGACAGCUUUGUUCGGAGAAGACGCCAACUGGGGUCGUAUACUCUCAGCAGCGGGUUCUAUCUCCCUCUCCAAGCCCAUCGACCCUACUCGCGUCAAUGUCUCAUUCAUUCCCGUCGACGGUACUCCCCCUCUCGCUCUGCUAGUCAAUGGCGAGCCAGAGAAGGUCAACGAGACUCGCGCUUCGGAGAUUAUCCAGCAGAGCGAUUUGGAAGUCAAAGUCGAGUUAGGUCUUGGGAUGGAGAGUGCCCAGUACUGGACCUGUGACUUCAGCUACGAAUAUGUCAGGAUCAACGGAGACUACAGAACAUAG